CCCACGGGUCUCCGCCCCUUCGUCAGUUCAAACAAAUCGUCGAAAAAGUGAAAAAGUGCGAAAACCAAACGCGAAAAAAUGGCUUUGUGGCUCUUCAACGACCCCUACGACUACCGUCGUCCCUCCCGUCUCCACGACCAGCACUUCGGCUCGGUCCUGGACCCGGAGGACCUCCUCUCGCCCAUGAUCCCUCGGGAGUUCCGCCACUACCUUCGAAGUCCCGCGGGAUACCUCCGACCCUGGCGGUCUCUAGCCUCGCAGCAGGACUCCGGAUCCACCGUGAGCUACGACAAGGAUAAGUUCCAGGCUUGUCUGGACGUCCAGCAGUUCAAGCCCGAGGAAAUCACCGUGAAGGUGUCGGAUAACGUGGUGACGGUUGAGGGCAAACACGAGGAGAAGGAGGAUGAGCAUGGGUUUAUUUCGAGGCAUUUUGUGAGGAGGUACAUGCUGCCGAAAGGGCAUGAUGUGGAAAAGGUGGAGUCUAAGUUGUCCUCGGAUGGGGUUUUGACCAUCACGGCUCCGAGGGUUGGGACUGAGGAGGAGCACAGGAGCAUUCCCAUCGUGCAGACGGGGCAGCCCUCAAAGGCCGUCGAGCAGAAGAAAGAAGAGAAGAAGUGAAGAAAAUAAUUGAUAUUUAAACUAGACUGAUUCUUGUGAUAAUUCAUAUGCUUUUGUCAUUUUGUAUUUAAGUAUUUUUGUUAAAUAAAGGUAAUUUAAUGAA